AUGAAGAGGAUACAAUUGUCUUUUCAUUAAAUACUAAUACCCCUUCUCAUUCCGAGUUAUAUAAACUUCUCUAGUCUCUUGUUUUUCCGGUAGUGAGUUACUGUCCUUGGAAGCCAUAGAUAGCUCUGCUCUCAAAAACCCUCUCUGUAGCUAGAGAAACCCUGAUCAUGGCGUCCGUCUCUCAAUUAAACCAAUUCCCUUGCAAGACCUGCUCUGUGGUUCCACUGCGGCAUCAAUCGAAAUCCUCGCUUCCUCCGAAUUCGAUUGGAGUCCCUUCGAGAUUUUCAGAGGGACCCAAACUUGCCACCCGGGAAUUCGGUCGGGCAAGACCCGUGUUUCGAGUCUGGGUAGCUGACGAUGACGAAUGGGGCCCCGAGCCGGUCGUUGGAGAAGGAUCUGCGGUGGCGGUGGCUGAGGAGGAAGCGCCCGUUGAGCCGUCCGAAACUGCGAAAUUGAAGCAGGCUCUGGUGGAUUCAUUUUACGGGACUGAUCGGGGGCUUAAGGCUUCGAGUGAGACUAGGGCCGAGAUUGUCGAGCUCAUCACGCAGUUGGAGGCCCAGAAUCCGACCCCGGCUCCGACCGAGGCCUUGCCUCUCCUUAACGGAAAGUGGAUUCUUGCAUAUACAUCUUUCCCGGGCGUGUUAACAUUGUUGUCAAGGGGAACGCUGCCAUUAGUAAAGGUAGAGGAGAUAUCACAAACAAUUGAUUCAGAGAAUUUGACCGUUCAGAACUCUGUCCAGUUUGCUGGUCCCUUGACUACAACCUCCAUUACUACCAAUGCCAAAUUUGAAGUCCGAAGUCCCAAGCGCGUACAGAUUAAGUUCGAAGAAGGCAUCAUUGGAACUCCCCAACUAACAGACUCAAUAGUGGUACCUGAGAAUGUGGAGUUUCUGGGUCAAAAAAUUGAUCUUACACCUUUCAAGGGCUUGAUCACCUCUGUUCAAGACACAGCUUCUUCUGUUGUGAAGACCUUCUCCAACCAACCACCACUGAAGAUCCCGAUCUCAAACAACAAUGCUCAAUCAUGGUUGUUAACCACAUACCUUGACGGUGAACUUCGAAUUUCAAGGGGAGACGCGGGCAGUGUAUUUGUGCUAAUAAAGGAAGGAAGCUCCCUGUUGACCACCUGAGUCAUCUCACACACCCUUUUCUUCUCAUGUACUAAUCUAUAGAAAGUGAUAAUGAAUUAAAGAACUUGGUUGUAACUCUGGCCUUGUUAUAAUUAAAUUAUAAAGUAUAGUUGUAAUCCAAGGCAUUUCAAAUGUUUUAGGUACAUAUGUCAUAACUUAAUUCCGCUACCACUAGACCGCAUGUAAGUUUCCGUCUAGCGGUUCAGAAUAUGGUUGUAGAAUUAGUGGUGUACGGUCGGCGGUUUGUGAAUUUUUUUUAUUUGACCGUUUAUAGAAAAAUGCAAUUCAUAGCU